AUGUCAGUAACCAUGUGCCACUACAUGAAAAGUGUAAAGAAAAGUAGAACAAGUAAGCAUGGAAUUUCCAAGACAAAAGCGAUGUCAACUGACAAAAACCAAAAGUCUCAGUUCGUGUAUUCAAGAAGUCCCCUUGGUCUGUUUCGCCUACUCCCACGAGAAAUGCGCUUCGGGAUAUUCGGUUUCACACCUCCUGCCGACCUUGGACAACUUUCGCUUUCAUCAAGGGUUUUUAGAGACGAGAUCAUUGAAUACAUUCACGACAACGAGGGCUUGCUGAUUAUCGUCCCGAGAAUUCAUCUCAACAGUGACGAGGAAUCCUCCCAGCACUUCAUGACUUUGGAAACUGAAUACUGUUGCAACCAUUUUAAUGAUCUAGGUACGUCUUAAUUUGCAACUCAUUUAACUCUAUCUCUACAAAAAUUAAUGCCCCACUAGCCACUCAAUUUGUCGUCGUCGUUGUUAUUUUUGUUUUCUUUUAGGCAUAUUGGUAAAAAGAGCAACGUGCCUUCUUUCAACGAAAGAAAGGUUAAAAGAAGUUGGAAUUAUUCUUGAUAAGGUAUUAAUCCAUGGGUAUUUAGAUAUAGAGCGUCCCACCUCCCUCCGCCAGUGAAGAAUUGACUCCUCUUCGUUAAAACAAACAAAACAAGAGAGGCUCGCCAUCCUUUAUUUGUUUACCUAUUUCUAUGACUUUCAAUAACUUUGGUAUGUAGAAAAGAACGGAAGUCGAAAAAAUUCUAAGUUUUCAAUUGCUCAUCGAAAAAGAAUGUCCUCUCUUUUUUGUACUUUCGUCGUAAAUUCCAUUCUUUCUGCUAUGCCAACCAGCUUACGUUUUAUAUUUUGGCUGCAUAGGUUCCUCGUUUAACAGAGGAGAUUAUUUCUCGGUAUAUUCCAUAUGGAGCGCAAAAAUAUGCACAGCAUCGGCUUCCCAACAACUAUGAUCUUUUCGCACGGAACGAUAAUUAAGACAUGUUGUUACUUUGGAAGGGGGGGGGGGGGGGCAGGGCUUGUAAAUCAUGCUCCAUGUUAGUAGUGUUGCAUUUGCACAUGUCAAUUCUAAUGGGUUUUCCCACUUUCACCUUUAUAAUACAUUAUUUUAUUUACAAAUUUUCAGCUGAAAGACACUCACACGAAGAUCUGCACCACACUUGGUAGUGAUAUAGCUUACAGCUGCUACGGAAAAUUUCUCCAUUCCUUUGUAGCUGGAUGGGAAGACGAUGAGAAGUUCAAGGCUUAUCUUGCGAUUAAAGGUUUGAAAGAAAGACUGUUGAUAUAACUGCAUGCAAUUAUUAAAGUCCACCAUCCAUAUAUCUAUUUUAAACGUGAUAAACGGCCGCAAAUUACAUUAUUACAUUUUUCAUAGUAUACGAUAUACCUCAGAAAAAGAGUCAUUAUAGGACUGCAUUACUAACACUAUACUGAAGUCUUUACAACAGUCUUCGGCCAAAUGUAAUGCACAGCCUUUGCCAUUGCAGGAAAUCAUAAUAGGACCUUAGGAUAGGUCCUAUUAUGAUCUUUUGCCUUCAUAAAAGAAAAAAAGUAAACUGUCUGCUUCAAAGGAAGAUCUAGCCUGUAUCGGAUAUUCAGCUAGCAAGCGCAGCGCUGCGAAACAGAGAGCGGAAAUCACAAAAAAGAAAGAAAGAAAGAAAAAUGCGGAGGAAAGGUAGAGAGAAGUUUUCACGGACCUUGGUCCUUGGCAUUGCAUUUCCUCGUCUAACGAUUUGGCUUUGUGUCUGCUAUCUGAACCCCUUGGCCCAGUUAUUCGAGGGUCGAUUACAAUUAAACCGUGCUUAAAAUUUUAUCCGGGUUUCUUUCUCUUUUCUUCAAAAAAAUAAUCUCAGAUCUCUGUUCUUUUUAGAGCAUCCAAUCAUAAAUGGCUGACAAAACGAAUUAAACUGAAUUUCCUCUAUAAGCUUUCAUUUCUGAAUUCCAAUUUCGCACUAACCCUGGGUUAUCUGACCAAGCAUUUGAACAAUCGGGCCCGAAAAAAUGUCGGACGUUCGAGAAGUCUCACACAGGAACGACAUACGUCAGGGGCGUAGCCAGCCCAUACACCUGUACGCCCGGGCAUAUAAAUUUUUGGUUUGAUAACUCUACCGCUUGUAAUACGAGUAAACUAUGGGUUGUUGGGGUGAGCUAAAAAGGCCUACAACUAUUCAAAAAGCUGGCCAUGCCUCUGUACGCUACCACUCAGUAUGGCUCUCAGUCUUCUCAUUUCAAUUCUGUGUCUCAGGUAACGUGAUUCAAACUUACUGAAUAAUUACGAUGUAGAGAUCAUUAAAAAAACUGCCCUAGCGUUGCCUGGAAGUCAACGCAUGUACCUACAGGUCCCUGUACUGAACUACCAUUUUUCUUUUCUACAGGCGCUUCUUGUUUGGAUGACAGAAUAAGGCAGGUCCUGCGCUCUACACCAGGAUCACAACCGUGGUACGAAAGAUACAUCAGAGUCUUCUGCCGAGAAAUAUUCUUGGACAAAUCAAGUGAUCUUUGGGAGAAAGGAUUUUGGCUUUCUAAGAUACUUAAGCCUUGGCCCCUUGUCUUCCAAGCUCGUCUCCUUUACAUCCUUUAUGGACCAGUCAAUGAUGACAACGGUAAGAAGUGUUACUUGUAAGUCCCUUUUCAAACGUAAGACUUUGCCAUUAAAAAACUCCUAAGAUUUCUUGAUAACCAACAUUGCAGGAACAAUAGAGUGGAGUAUAGUGGAAAGUUGCCCAACAUAUCUUGGAGUGGAAGACGCCGAAUUAAAAGAACUUGCAGAUGCUUUAAAAGUCUUGCAUGUAUACAGUGACAACAAAGACUGGAAUGGCGACGACUUUAUCAGCGUCUUUGAGGAGUUAACGGGUUAGUAUUUCCUUUUUUAACAAUCACGAACGAAUGGUCGAUCGGUAUACUGAACCAUAUUAUAUUUCAUGAUUUUACGACGAAGCGUCUGCGCAACUAUAGUACAUGUAAAUAUCACAGUCUAUGUCAAACAAACCCUUGGUGGAAGUUUGUUGUAGUCAAGUAUUGAAAUGGCUGUUUAUUUAUUUGAACAAUUUGUUGGCUUAAACAGGUUAUCAGAGGCGGAUCUAGGGGAGGGGCCCGGGGGGCCCGGUCCCCCCUUUUUCAGACCAAACCCCCCUCUUAUCUGAAGGUCUGGAUCCGCCACUACGUUAUAACGCAGUUAUCUUUUCCGAUGAAUGCUAAAAAUGGUCGUGGUGGUGGUGGGAGGUUACAAGUUUCAACAUUUCUGUAUGUUUGCAGUUUCUUCAGUGAAGUUCCUGGGCUUUUACUGUGCCAUAAAUAAUCCAUGAAUGUGGCGAAUGUCUGAUUACUGAUAACACCACUAUUUUUUGUUUAUCUCUAUGCUGUACCAUUAAGGUACACCAACAGACUGGUGCAUGGAGAACGUCGCGAAGCUGCUUAAGCUUUGCGGGGAAACAGUUUGCUUUGAAGUACUUGGAAAUAAAGCUAUAAAUGGAAGAGUUCAUGAACUAUCCUAUCUUGGCUAUUAUCUAGGACAGGUAACAGAUCGUUGUAACUUUGAUGUGCUUUUACAUAGUGAGAGUAACUAAUAGUAAAGCAAAAAAAUUAUUAAAAGAUCUUCUAAAAAGUAGUAAUAUUUGAAGGAUUUUAAUGCUUACUUUCCAGGUUUUAGGUCAAGAAGACAUUACGCAUGGAAAAGACACAGGGGUGAAGAGUUUCACAAGCACUUUGCAGCAAGUUCUAAGAGCGAUGCAAAGCAAUAAAGAUCAGGCUGCACUAGUAUCAUCACUGUUCAAUGUGUGGGAAGAGAACAUACUUAGCCUUGGUGAAGGGUUACAGGAAGACUUUGGUAUGUACAAACAUGCGCCGAGGCAAACAUAGCUAACUUGACUUCACUUAUUGGUGGUGCCUGACUCGCUAAUGAUGAGAGUUGUACGUAGAUAGCAUAGAUCUUCAAUUAAAAACUCUGCGAUAAAAAAUACAAUUUUAUCUCUAAUAUAACAGACACCAUAAUUGUCAAAAGGGAGCUAAAGGGCUUCAGGAAUUAUAUUCCCUUGGAAAUAAAGAGGCAGGAGGCUACCUGGGCUAAAUCUUUUCUAGUGUACUACCAUUGGUUUUAUAAGUAUAUCAGUGGAUUGUAUGAGGGAGACUUGGACUUCCUUAUAAAAGUUAUCAAGAUAAAAAGUUAUAGAUAUAGUUUUGAGCACUCCUGGUCGGACACUGGGCUAUAUUUUUACUACUUCGGGUAUGAAAUAGAGUUUGUUCUCUUUGGAACCAGGGACUGGAAUUGGGUGAGUCUUUUAACACUCCUCUCACAGCAAGCCCUAAUAUUUCAUGGUAAUGAUUCUUUCCGGUACCGUGGCCUUAAAAUAGCGGAACCGAAAAAUGGGUUCCUAAUGACAUUUUCAGUCUUAGAGGUCAAUUUACUGCGAGUUAUAUACCGAAUACGAAACUAAAACGUUGAAUAGCAUCUAUCAUCUUUCUAUUGUUGGCCAUCUUGAAUUGUUUCCAAAGCGUAUUAGACGUAAUACUGUAGUUUUAUGGCUUUCAGGACCAAGAAAAAAAUGUAUAUGACUUCCAAAAUUGAAAAUAUUUAAGAGGUGGGUUCCCAUGAAUUUUCACGGAACCAAAAAAUUGUCACGGAUGGUUUCAAACUCUGGGCAGCGAAUUAAACUAAAAAUUGUUUUCCAUGGGAAUUAAAAUCCUGGGGCUUGCAUAGCACAUCUUAAAGCCACCUCAAAGUUUCGUGUAUCAUACGACAGCUGUCAUCCAGCAUUUUUAAACAUUUUUCUUUACAGAUUUUGAUACCCCCGAAGAGCAAGAACAAGUCUUUGCAGCAAGCGUUCACAAUUUAUCCAAAAUGGCUGGCAUACUGCUAAAAGAAUGUAUUGCAAAAUAGAGACCGUCAGAAGAUAUGAUAGGACAAGAGAGAAUGAGACCAUUUCCUAAAUGAAUUUGCGGGAAAAUUUGAGAUAUUUAAUGAAAUGAACAAUGCCAUGAAAAAAUUUCAAAGAAAUGUCAAUAUUUAUAGAGCCCCUUUAAGGGUAUUGUACAUUUUUUCCUGAUCUCGACACUUUUUACUGAUAAUUAUUUUACAUGCUCAUUCACCAUACGUUUUACAUCUUACCUCUAAUUAUAAGAUUCACUAAGUGAGUAUUACCCAUACCAAUCCAGGUCAAGUGAAUCGCCACUGCUAUUCAUUUACUGCAACAUUAGAUUAGCAUUUAAGGUGGCAAAGACAUUGAUGUUGUAGUAGUGUUGGGUUUGCAAGAGACUAAGUAAAAUGAAACACUUGAGAUCCACUUGACCUCUUUUAUUCAAAAAAAUAUAUAUAUAUUCUAGUGUCAAAUGUAACAUAGACUGUACGGUAGUUCAGUCAGAGAUGCCGAAUAAGCCUUGAUAAACCCCGUGCUGUGAGUCUUGCUUUGAGAAAGGACGUUUAGAGAGGGUCUUUAGAACUGCAGCCUUUACACCUUAUAAAUUUCAGGGAAAAAAGCAGUUCUUCUAUCAUAAAUUCAGUUUGUAUUGCUUUUUUUUUUUUUGCAUUAUGUAGGAUUUUCUGGUCAGCGAUUCUCACGAGUUAUUUUCGGUUUGAAGCUUCUUGGUUUGAAGGAUUAUUUGGUCCCGGUUUGUAACGGUUAUACAUAUCACGAAGUAAAAACUAGCCUGUACUGUUACUUUGUGUAGGUUGGCUGCAUGGUUCGGGCUGGUAUUAGGGCUUUUUCAGUACUAUUACUUAUUUGCACCAAGAGGUACUCCCAAUAUAGUCUAUAUAUAGACUUUCUCAAUGUCCUUUGCUUCUCGUUUCCGGUUGUAACCCCCAACGCUUUGCCACCUAAAACAUUUAAAAUUUCUUGCUCGUGCUUUGCGCUCGAGAAAAAUUUUGAGCUGGACUUGUAGACAAGUCUACCCUCUAUAAUGCACUUUACAGGGCGGCUCCGCCCGAAAGGGGUACCUUUUCAGGCUUCAGGUAUAUGAAAGAGGGGGAAUUCCACUUGUUGAAGUAUAUAAAAGGGUAGGGAAACCUGCAAUUUUAGUUGAUAAAAAGUCCCGAGGACUAAAAGACGCAUUUCAUGCCAGGAAAAAGUCGAGAAGUAGUUUUGGUUUUGUGAUUUAACUUAUUUUAAAGAAAGUGCAUUCACAGCAGUUUAAAAAAGGAUGUAUAGUUCUAAAAUAGGUCAUGAAAGGGGUACCAUUUGUCAAUAGAAGGUCUUCGAAAGGGGCACCUUUUAGGCCAAAAUUGGUUUAUAAAAAGGUAAGUGGUUGGACUUCGGGUCGGAGUCUCCCCAUAUAAAACUUUGUUGAGUAUCCUGAAACGCCCUCAGAGGACUGAGACGAUCGGGAAACCAUCAUUUUUAUUCCAGUAAUCGAGAGUAAAUUGGGCCUAGAUGGCGCUGAAGUCGAAAAAAAAUAGUUAAAAAAUGUUCGCACCGCGUAUGGGCGCAAUUUGAAAUUAGAGAGGAAGGUGACAUCAACUCGAGGUGAUACUAUGUCUUCGCUUCUCAGCUCGACGCCGCAAAAUCGAGAGAAAAACCACAUAGCAGACAUAGCAAGGUACGAGGUUCGCUCUCCGAAUAAAAAUUAUCAUUAUGUUUGGCUUGUUUGCGAAACACGCGCAAAAAUUCUAUUCAACCACCCAGAGACCCCGGGGGAUACUCCCUUAUAUAAGCUAUAUAGGUAUGUGCCGCCAAAUCGGGUAGGGUUUUUGGGCCUUUUUGGUCUGAAAACGGGUAUAGAUUUUGCCCAUGUUGGUCUGUAAUCGGGUAUAAUUUUCGAAGGAACUACGGAAGUAUAUGAACGUAUUUAUCGUUUCAAAUCCAAAUGAGUAAGAAAGACAGAGAAAUAUUCCAAUUUUAAAUGGAUUUGAAGAAUUUUUUGUUUACGCUCUAUUCUAAGUAAUGAUGACAUAAUUUCUGUCUAAAGGGCAGGUCUGAAGACGGGUAUAGAUUUUAGAGGUCUGGUCUGAAAACGGGUGUGCAAAAUGACAUUUUUUGGUCUGAAAUAGGGUCGGGAUUUGAAGACCAGGGCGGCACACCCCCACCAAGAAUUCCCAAGAGUACCCACCCUAGGCCAGAGACAUCUCUGACGACCACGAGUCUGUUGCCUUUGGGGCGAUCGAGACGAUCAUAUAGAAACUACUAAUCGUCCCAGUCGUCCGGAUCGUCUCGAGAUUUUUUGAAACGACUUGAGCGAUCGGGCAGAAGAUGAUAUGGAAACCAGGCUUUCAGUAUAUAAAUUUCACUCUAAGCGCGUUAGUCUUCCUCUAAUGUACGCGUUUCAUCAGGAGAACUAAAUUGUCGAGAAAACAUACGGAAAAACUUUCGUCGCUAAUAGUAUUAAUGAAGGGUCACUUUGAAAUCAAGUGAUUCAUGCUGUUAAAAGCACCAUUUGACGAAAUAUAAUUACCCCCCCCCGCUUCCCCGCCCGUCACGGUCUUAACGUACCCAAAGCGACUCUAGUUAAUCAGUCAGUCAACCAGAUGACAGCUUUAUUGUGCCACACUGCUCACUCGACACCGCCUCCAGUAGCCGAUUCGAUUUCAUGCAAGCUAUAUAUUUUUAGUGUGUGGCCCAUGUUAACCUCAUUGGAAUGGGUGGAAAACUCGCUAAAGAUCACAAAAGGGACAAAAUAAUCGAAGGCGAUUUUGUAGAUGUCGAGAAGUUCUCUGGAGGAGUCGAUGAAUUCGGUGAGCGAAAAGGCGAAGGAGUGUAUUGCUACCAAAAUGGCGACAUUUACGACGGCGAUUGGAAGAAAGGAAUGAAACACGGAUAUGGAAUUUAUACCUACGCAAAUGGUAAAAGGUACAGAAAUCUAACAUCAUCGUUAAGGCCUGUGGGUGCAAACCAAAAACUUGGUUAUUCAUGUAUGUAAUGUUGUUACCUUGAUAUGGACAUCAAGUUACUUCCGGUAGUUCUCAGGGUAAUUUUAAUUACAUUUGGCUCUUUAUAAACAUAUUACUUCGUUUUUCUUUGAGAUCCUGAUUCACUGAGUAAUUUUGUUUUUCUAAGCUCUUUCAAACGAAAAUGUUGAAUUUAAAAGUGAUUUUAAAAAGACUUUUGUAGCUUAUCUCGUCGCUGAGUACUUGAAAAGCGCCCUUGUGUUUACAAUGUCGAUAGCCGCGCAUGCAAAUUUCUCAAAUUCGGCUAUAGUCCUAAAGAAGCUAAAUUCGCCUUCUUGAAUAGACGAAUAUUUGACAUGUUUAAUGUGUAAUUAAAGAGUGGAUUGUUUCCAAGUAAAAUAUUGAAGCGACAAAACCCCUUUCGUUGGAAUAUAAGCCAUUACAAAGAUCAAUUAGAUCAUAAUUUGGACUACCAUUGUUCUUAAGUAUUACUUCAAUAUCGAACACAGUAAGCAGCUCUAUCAGGAUGUGGAAUCGCCGCACAGAGUAGUUGAAAAUUAUAAAUAAUAGAUCAUGAAAUGAUUUGGGUGUAAUUUUGGAAUUAUUUACGUUUGCGAUAAAAAUUGCGGUCUUCAUGCCCCCUAUUGUUUUGUGAAUAUUUUGGCCGUAUGGGGUACUCAAACUUCAAACUUUUUAUUGCCUUACUAAAGGCAAAUAGUUUCAAAAUGUGAAGUUGAUACCAAGAAAAAUAUGGAACGUAACCGAGAAGACCUGCAUUUUUUAUGUACUUACUUCUUUAAAUUAAAAAAUCCCCAAAUAAAACCUAAAUUUAGAGUCCCCACUUUGUAUGGUGCUUUUGGAGACUUCCUCCUAUGAAUUUUUAAUUCAAUGUCAUUUUUUGUUGUCUUGUUCUGUGGAGUAGAUAUUUAUGAUGUCAAAAUGAUUAAAUAAAUAGUUCCUCUCGAAACUGCAUGAACAGCACGCGACAGAUUGCGCUCAGAAAUUGCGAUCAUUGGUCACCAUUGCGUGACAUAAAAAUAAGAAAUUCGGUUCCAGUCCAUCUUCUCUGUCUCACUGCAUUGUCAGACGGGUUGACCAGCCUGUACUUAAUAACCGCAGACAAAAAGUCUUCUUUUUUUUUCAUAUAUAUAUAUAUACUCAUAUUUUUUCUGUGUAUCCUUAAAAACUCCUUCUCUUAAAACUCCUCGUUUACACAUAACACUUUUUAGUCACUUUCGUCAAUGCACACGUGUUCGAAAACGGAUACUUUUUUUUAUUUGAAUCAUUAUAAAAUGAUCCUUGACUUUUGGGUAGACAAAGUUAUCUAAUCUCCCUGGGCUCUACAACCCAGUAAACCUCCGAGAUCUUUGUCAUUGAACUCGGUUAUAAAUGUUUUCGUCGGAUAUGUGUGGGCGGAAAGUGAAUCCGUGGAGGAAAAUCCGUUUAGUUUCAAAAUGAAAACGUAUACGGUUGGAUGGGUCCUUUUAAUUUCACCGCCAAUCCUCGUUUGUGUUUUGUAUUGUACUGUCAUUGAGCGAGUAUUCUUUUCAAUUCAAACGUAUGAGGAAUUUAUCGUUGUGAAUAUUUGUAAUUUGACAACUCCAAAACGAGACUUUCUUUCCGUGAAAUAUGUUGGUGAAGGGCUAUUUUUUCUAUGUCUUAAAAAUUUGUUUUAUCACUAUAUUCGCUGUUAAUAAUCUGUCAAUUUGUAUUUUCCUUUAUGUGGUUAGAUUUGAUUUGUUUGUUUUUCAGCAUCAAAGGAUGGUUCUACAAAGACCGCUUUAUAGGAUCUGAACCGAACGAAAAGUUAAAGAAGGAAAUGAAAAAGAAAAUGAAAACAAAACCUGGGGCUGAAAACGAUGCGGCACCGCUUCCUCCUCCUGCAAAUUUACUUUUGUAAGUCUUAUCAUGUAAACGCAGUGAGUAGCAGCGAGUAGCAGUGAGAGGGUAAUAGGUAAUUAAUGGGUGUAAAGUUCCUUUCUCAGGCUUGCUCUUCACUUUUUCCCUCUUGCGCAGGAAAAAAUAACGGAUUUCCAUUUUUGGAUAUUUUAGGGUAUUUAAUGAAUACCCAUAAAAAUCCCAAAUUUGGAAGAGUGAGACAAGUCCCAAUCAGGGAACUUGGUUGGGAAUUCCCUGGUUGGGACUUGUCUCACUUUGCCAAAUUUGGGAUUUUUUGGGUAUUCUUUAAAUACCCUAAAAUAUCCAAAAAUGGGAAUCCGUUAUUUUUUUUCCUGUGUUGUAUGAAUUCGACAGGUAACCUGAACAAGGCGGCAGGGAAGGAGACUGGGACGGAGUAGUCAGGGCGCCUGUCAAUGUAAAUCCCGAGGGGGAUUCCGGCGACAGCGACGAGAACGGCAAAAAAGUAAUUGGUUUAGACUGGCAGAACAACAACUCUGCACGUGUAUCACGCUUUUUUCUACAUUUCGUUUCCCUCGUUGCACGACUACGGCAAUUAAAUUAGAGGUUUUUAGGAGGUGCGUACUAUCAAAGACUACGACCUGAAACUGCCUGAUUUCACAUUUUGUGGAGGAUGUGAACACAAGAGAACGACUUUCUUUUUCUUUUUCUGAACUUGAUACAGUCCUUUAGAAUUCAACUCCAGAAAAAUUCCCCAGCAUUUGACGAAAUGAACGAAAUGGAAUACGCGCGCUUAAAUUUGAAACAACGCGAACACUGACGUGAACUGACGUUUUCGUAGCCGUCGCCAAGUAUUGCCGUCGUUAAUGCUUAAGCUCCCUAAUGUGGGGGAAGGGGUGGGGCGGUGACAAGUUCACGUUCUUUUGGUAGCGAGAGAUUUCUUAAUUAAAUAUCUCCAGAAUACGUAUUAAAAGACGAUGGAUUUAUUUUUACAUACACCUUCAAUAGAGAGGAGAAGUGUGACGUCACAUUACCAUGGUAGCACUAUUUCUGGAUGACAACAAAACCAACGACCACGGCGACGGCAAGGAUAACGGCAAGAAUGAUUUGUUUAUAUUAACAAACAACAACUUUGCACGUGCAUAACGCUAUUUUGUACAUUUCUCUGCCUUCUUUGCACCACCACGACAUGAUACUUCCUAAUUUCACGAGCCCGCUUUAUGGAGUAGGUGAACACAUCACAAAAAUUGUCGCUUUCUUGUUCUAAACUUAUUUAACUACAGAUGUGGUCCCAAAGAAAAUUUGCCCAACAUUUGCCAAAUUAAAAGAAAUUGAAUAAGAUCGGUGAAGUUUGAAAUACUGCGAAUAGACUUAGUGGCUUUAUCGGUUUGUUGUCAUCCAAACAUUUUGCUACCAUGGCAACGUGACGUAACGACUUCCCCUCUCUAUUAACUUAUCUUUAUACUUCUUUGGAGUGCUGCGACGAUUUAACAAAGUGUUUUUUAUUUUUAUGAUAAGCAAUGCCCAACUUGAGAGCCUUUACAUCCAUCCCCACGUGAUUUCUCAGUUAUUUAAAUUGUAGGUGCAUAAUCGUAGCCCCAGUUGCCCUAGACUUCGAGUAGUCCCCAUUUCUCCUCAGGGAUAGUAGAGCAAGCGAAACGCUAGCGUGUGUGAAAAUAGCACCUCGCCUUUCUCGUGAGGGGUGAUUUUCAAGCGCGCUCGCGUUUCGCUCGCUCUAAUAUCCUAGAGGAAAAAUGGGGACUACUCGUAGUCUACAGUUGCCCCAAAGGUGGAUAGUGUUAUCUCGGAAUAAAUGUAAUCAGUUGGUAACUCAAUUUGCUUUCCAUUGGAUAGCACUAUUUAGUAGACAGCGCUAUCCGACGUUUGAACACUGCUUUGUUUAUAAAUGAAAACCUCCGUCAAGUCUAUUGCCAAUGAUUGAAGAAUAUCGUAAAGCUACCUUUCUUAUGUGCAAAGCUUUUCCUUCCUUAUGUAUUGCAAAACACGAGUCAGAUUGUUUCUUUGUAAUCAGUUAAUAACAGUGUUUCCUUGCCUAAAAUAGUUCACCCCCUGCAGACGAUGACAACAGAUCGAAACCUCUAGUACAAAUUCGUAUCUCAACCAGUCACGAAGAUGUUUCCAAAGACGACAGUCUGCUUGGAGAUGGGGAUUUCCGUCGGGUAAAGAGUGAGCGUCGACCAAAGAACCAUUUCCGAAGAAAUUUCAAGCUCCCCAGUAAGAAUGAGGAGAAGUUGGAAAGGCAAAGAAGCUUGAGGUUACGGCAGUCCAUCCGCGCUAAAUGGGGCUUGCCUGAGCCUUCUCGAAAGAAUCCGUUGCUUUCUCCUGAUUAG